AUGUGGAGUCUAAGACUCCGACCGCUACAAAGGCAGUUGGCCCCGACUCGGUUUCGGGCUCUUUCCAGCUUUAAAACCCAUGGCUCUCAGCGCGGUCCUCGCAAUAGCAUCCAGAGACCGGACCUGAUCAAACCACGAGAUACCGUACAGCCAUCCCGGUCAAAUGAAGAGCCUCAAUCUAAGUCCACUGCUCCUGAGCCUCAAGAUGCUGAGAAUCCUAAUUACGACCCCUCGCAAAAUACUCUGCUGGCUCCUGUCCAUCUACCAGAGGACCCCAAUGGUGUACUCAAAGAAACACAUCCAGCUACAUCAAUACUGGCAAACUCAGGGUUGGUUGUACAGCGACAAUUGGAAAUGAUGAAUGUCAUGAUUGGUUUUGAACAAGCCAACAAAUAUGUCAUAAUGGAUGCGCAAGGAAACCAUAUUGGAUAUAUGGCCGAGCAAGAGAAAGGACUCGGGAACGCAAUGGCACGGCAAUCGUUCCGCACCCAUCGAAGUUUCGUGACACAUGUCUUUGACCGAAAUGAGAAUGAGGUUCUUCGAUUCCAUCGCCCAUUCGCUUGGAUCAAUUCCAAAAUUCACGUAUACGACCCUCUCCAUCACACACCACACACGCUCUCCCCAUCCACCGCCCUCGAGGGCGUCUCAGCCGGAUCCCUUGUCACACCUGGAUCCCUGUCAAAUACACGCAUAUCUCCCCUAGAACUUGCUCAGAUGCGAGUCAUCGGUGAAGCACAGCAGCAAUGGGCACCCUUACGGCGAAAGUACAACCUUUUCACCCAUCACAAAUCCCCUGACCCAGCAUUAGACAUGGGGACGCGGUCCUCGGAAUCGGGCACUGGUUUAUUGCAAGCAAGUCAAGUCCAGCUGCAAUCAUCGUCUAACCAGGGCGAAGGCCAAUACAGCCAGUUCGCCUACGUGGACGAGCCACUCCUAUCGUGGGACUUUUCUCUCAAAUCCGAAAAUAACCAAUUGAUUGGAUCAGUUAAUCGCAAUUUCGCAGGCUUCGCUCGGGAAUUCUUCACAGAUACUGGUGUCUACGCUAUGCGCAUGGACUCCGCAGGACUCAGCACAGAGUCAUCAAAAGAUGAAACCCGUGGAAUGAGCCUUGAUCAGCGCGCCGUAAUGCUUGCCACCGCUGUAAGUAUCGACUUUGACUACUUCAGUCGCCACAGCGGCUCUGGUGGCUUUGGCUUCAUGCCACUUUGGUUCCCCGGCAUGGGCGGGGAAGCUGCUGCAGGCGGUGCAGCUGCGGGAGGUGCCGCAGAAGCUGGUGCUGUUGGAGAAGCUGCAGCAGGAACCCUUGGCAGGGCCGGAGCGGCGGGUACUAUGACGGAUGGCAUGGCUGCAGGUGCUACGGGAGCGGGUGCCAUGGCUGGAUAUGAAGCCAUGCAAAGGGGCUACCCAGCUGAGCCCAAUUCACCUGCGUCCCCUCAUCAACCAGAGUCGCAGCCCACAGAGGCAGAGUCUUCUGGGUUUUAUGACGAGCCCGAAGACCCUUGGGGUAAAGAUGACCCUUGGGGUGGCGAAGCUGAUGGAGGCGAUGAGGGCGGUGAUAGUUGGUCUGACUUUUUCUAG